UCUGUCCCCUUCUUCCUCCUCCACCAACAUUUUCCCACUUCCCCACCCCCACCACCCCUCCGCCGCCGUGGUGGGUGGCCCCUCCGCCGGGAGCAUGGGUCAGGGCUUCAGUUGCAGAGAAUCCCACGAGAACGACCUCUUCAGCGCAGUCCAGAAUGGGGAGCUUCACACAGUCGCAACAAUGGCGGAUGAAGACCCUAAGCUCCUCACAUUGAGAACCCUCCACGGACGGCUCUCCGCCCUCCACGUGGCCGCCGCCAACGGCCAGAUCGGGGUGCUUUCUAUGCUUUUAGAUCGGUGUGGCAAUCCAGAUGUAUUGAAUCGAAGAAAACAGACUCCAUUAAUGUUAGCUGCAAUGCACGGCAAGCUCGCCUGUGUGGAGAAACUGAUUCAAUCAGGAGCUAAUAUAUUGUUGUUUGAUACAUUGUGUGGAAGAACUUGUCUGCACUAUGCAGCUUACUAUGGUCAUUCAGAUUGCCUUCAAAUGAUACUUUCUGCAGCUAAUUCUAAUCCAGUUGCUCAAUCUUGGGGGUUCUCAAGGUUUGUGAAUAUACGGGACGGGAGUGGCGCGACACCGCUGCAUUUGGCGGCCCGUCAGAGGUUUUCCGGCUGCGUCCGGAUAUUGUUAAGCAACGGGGCACUUGUUUGCGCGUCCACCGGUGGAUAUAGAUAUCCUGGGAGUACGCCGCUUCAUCUUGCGGCUCGGGGAGGAUCGUUGGAUUGUGUCCGGGAAUUGCUCGCUUGGGGCGCUGAUCGACUUCAACGAGAUUCGUCGGGGAAAAUACCGUACUUGGUUGCCGUGAAGCACAAGCACGAGGCGUGUGCGGCGUUGCUUAACCCGUUGGCGCCGGAGCCGCUGACGUGGCCGUCGCCGUUGAAGUUUAUUAGCGAGCUAAGCCCCGAAGCGAAAGCGUUGCUCGAGUCGGCGCUAAUCGACGCGAAUAAAAAGAGGGAAAAGGCAAUCUUGUUGGACAACCCUUGCUCGACGCAACCGAUUCCAAACCCGUGCGUUGCUGACGACGACGACGAUGAAUCAGAGGGUAGCGAACCCGAGCUGUGCUGCAUUUGCUUCGACCAGGCAUGCACGAUCGAGGUUCGACGAUGCGGGCAUCAAAUGUGUGCUCUUUGCGUUCUGGCUCUGUGCUGCCACAGCAAACCGAACGCUUCGAGCGCCGGUAAAACUCCGGUCUGCCCGUUUUGUCGCAGCAGCAUCACGCAGUUGGUCGUCGCCGAGAGCCGAGCUGGCGCGGAAAUCGAGGCGGAGUCCAAGCCGAGGAAGGCGAGGAAAUCGAUCAACCCCGGGGAAUGCAGCGAUAGCAACUUCAAGAGCUUGUCGACAAUCGGGGCUUCGUUUGGAAGACUCGGACGCAGUUCGGGAAAGGUUGAUCUCAACGACGAAUUUGACAAGCCCUAGUAUAAGACAUAUAAGACAUCAACUCACCUUUCGAUCGGAUGGAGAUUGUCGCAACCAUAUAGCCUCGAACGAGCUCCUCGUUGUCGUCGAAACUAAUAUAUAUAUGUUUGAAUCGAGUGAAAACUCAAUUCAUUUUGUACCAAAGAUGAUAUAAAUGGGGAGAGUAUGAAGAGGUUCAUCAUCAUCAUCA